CGACAUUCAACAGGUGUGCACGCAUGCGGCGUAUUAUAGUGCUGGGCUGCAAGAAAGCUCUAUACAAACCCUCCUCCGGAUUUCUGGUUGCGUGAGUUCCCAUAAUAUUUUAUACAUAAUACUGCAGCGUACCUAUAUAGUAGCAUGUGGAACUAAUGAACUUCCGCUAAAAAUCCUUACGUUUGUUCCGACAAAUCCGUCAUGCACCGUUUCAUGCACAUAUCUAAACUCACUUGUGGUUUGUUUAUUAUUAACAGUAGGUAUUCUGACGUGAUUUUCGUAUAAACGUUUAUAAUAUAAUAAUUAUUAUUUUUCUACUUCUUUGAGAGAGAAAGAGAGAGAUAGACGGCGAUUUCAACGGUUUUCUGAGGAAAAAAAUGUGUAUGAAUAACAGUAUUUUUUAUAACGAUCAUCAACACUAUACGCAGGCUGCAGGUGGUUUUUUUAAGGCCGAGCCAAUUAACAACGAGUCGAUUCAAACGACUGUUGUAUGGAGUUAUUACAUUUUCCUCGGCGCUCUUUUAAUUUUUUGCGUAAGCAAUUCGGUCACAUAAUAUUUUGUAAAAUAAGACAAGGAUAAAAAACAAUUUUAAAACAAUAUGACUAUAGGUUGGGUUCGCUCGGAUUUUGCUGAAUCCUUUCUUAGCGGAUGUGCAUAAUUAAAUCGGUCUCGCAACAGUGAUAACAAGAAUACGGCAUUAUUCAAUUUGUACACGCGGCACGGGCCACUUAUUCCGUUGUAUAUUAUGUUAAAACUCGUGGUCUGUGACAUAAGAUAUCAUAUGCUACACAUUAUGCGCCGACUAGUCGAUCCGUACGCUCGUCCGCCCGGCGAUGUGCACUUGCGCCAACCCGUCCGCCGCAGCCGCCCGACCAGGUCCGGGCAGGACUACGGUCCGACAAGUGAAACGGCUGAGUCGAGAUAGGAAGUCGGUUUCCGAUCCCUUGCUGGAAACCCUCUUGUACCCGCCAUGGGUUACAGGACUGACCAAGCCGGUGCCUCCACCAAAGCCGGCGAAGAGUCCACAGAAUUAUCAACAAGCGCCUGGGCCACCGCCGUAUAGGAUGCCUCCGUAUCCGUUGUACAGCGAGUCAACCCCGUUGCCCGGGUCUAGCAACAAGAUCCACACGCAUUCCAGUAAAUUUCCGAUUGAAAGGGAGGUAGUCCUGAGUAAUGUAGACAAGAAUUUGAAAAUACCUAUUUUAAAUGAGUACAAAAAAAGACCAAAAUCUGUUGCACCUGACACGCCGAAUGUACAAAUUGCAUGGUCAGAGCAAUCUUCAAACGUAAAUAAUGUUCCUCAAAAUAAUCAUCAAUAUCAUACACCACAUCAUUAUACUAUGAUAAAGGACAAUGUAAAUCAACAGUAUGUUUAUAAAGCUGAACCUGUAAAGUCUUUGGAUCCUCCAACAGAAUUAUCUCCGAUAUUUAGAGAUGACUCUAAUGGAUUUCCACAACGGGUUGACACAUAUACAGCUGGACCGUCACAUUCUACACCUGAAGAUCCAAAUAACUCAAAGAAAUUUUCAUCUCGCAUUAAAGAUAUGAUAACAACAAGAUUUUCAAAGUCUAAAAAUGAACAAGUAUCAGAGACAAACUUGAAUAACGCAGAAACACCAAUGCCAACUCCCGCGAAGUUAGACGAUCCGGCACUGAGCCCUCACAGUCAACUAAUUCAGCAUGGGGUGUAUUUAGCAGUUAAUAAUCAAAUGCAAAAUUUAGCCAUUAGCGUGCCUAAUCAAAACGUAUAUCAAACACCAGACCAAUGCAGAACAAAUCCCGGUCCAUCGAGAACGUAUGAUAGACCACAUACUAUACAAACUAACAGAGUAAUCGACAUGAGGAAACCAGAUCCUUCAACUUAUAGCGAUGUCAACAGAAAUAAUUACGAAGUCCGAGUCCAGUCUAACUAUGGGCAGAUUAACCAAAGUCCUUUAUAUGUGAAAAAAAGACUCCCAGUUCCUACACAAACACAAGAUUGUUUUAAGACUCCGUUGCCGGUUAAAGGUCAAGACACGUUGGUGCCUUUUUCCAGAUCUAAGUCAAACGAUAAUCUUGUUGAGCCAAACGGCCAAACGAAUGUGCAAUAUUCGAGUGACAGGUACCUUGCCCGAAAAAUUUCUAAACGAGACGAUUUCAAGUCCCAACCAAGUUCAUUGGAUGACGUCGAUAAGCUGGAAGAACAGAGGGCUGCUAGUGGUCCAAUUAGUGGGGCAAGCUCAGAUGGGAGAUUGGGUAGUGGAGGGCAAUCGGAUUCUGGACGCGGUAGUACCGUGUAUAGUAGUGGCAAAGCUCAAAAUUCUGCAACUAGUCCUGAAUCAUCGUCUGAAUUACAGACAAACCAAGGGAAAAAAGGUCAAAGUGAAUGGAUGGAUUACGUAGAUACUGAGUUACGACAAAUCCUCGAUCCAUCUAAAGUUAGCGUGCAAUCAACAUUAAGCGAUAGUGUAUCUUCUGUAACCCCGCCAUUACCACCACUAUCUCCCGAUGGGUCAUCAGAUGAAAUGCAAACACCCAUACAUAAACAUCGAACCGAGUAUUCAGUAAAAUCUCGAGGCCAAGCUUCAAAUCAAAGAACGCCCUGGUCAAACAGGGUACCAAAAGAAAAAUCACAUAGACAAACAAGUACUAUUAAGAGACCAGAUUUAAAGAGAAUACUUCAAUCAAGCAGUGUUGGUGAUAUGGACUCAAUGUUUGACGAAGAAGCCAGCAGUGACGACGAAACGGUCAACAGUGAUGUACGCACAAUACGGAAACAGUUAGAAGGGUUGGAAACUAUGUAUUCAGAGGUACUCAAAUUACUUGGGGUUCGUAAAUCUGGUGGUGGUCCUAGAUAUCAACCGUCCGACCCCAGAGUUCACCGACGACGAAUGUAUGGUAGUAUGUCUUCAAUUCCGUCAUCGGUUAGCAGUAGACCCUACCGUGAGAGACACCGAAGGUCAACCGACGAUCGGAAGAAAUCUGUCAAGGACAUUAAAGGUAUUAAUAAACGUUUUCAACGUUUGGAAUCCCACGUAGUCACUCUGGCGAGGAGUGUUGCACACCUCUCAUCUGAAAUGAGGACACAACAUCUUAUGAUUCAAGAAAUGGAAGUAAUUCGAAAUGAACUUUCCGCAUUAAGAACACAGACAAACAUGUUGUCUAUACGUUCGCAUUCUGUUCCUCGAGUUCUUCAAUCUCUCUGUGCGGAACAGACCAACUCGAGUCCGAAUAAAGUAAAGAAGCUAACUAAAUUUUUUGGCGACGAGCCUCCACUUUUAAGGCUAUUUCUCAAAAAAUUAGGAUAUGAGAAAUACGCAUCGGCAUUCGAGAAAGAGAAAAUCGGCCUGGUGGAAUUGCCAUACAUGAGUGAGGAAAGGAUGCAUAAGCUCGGUGUGCCUAUGGGACCGCGGUUAAGAAUAAUGCAAGAAGCUCAAUUAGGCUUUCCCGGGAUGCACGAGAACACAUUAGCCAUCGUGUGAACAUUGUUUGCGGCACAACUGAACGUUGGCCGAUUAAAAGUAUAAUAGUAUUAUGUUAUGCCAUUAAGUGUUACGUGUAAAUAUAAUCAUAUGGACAAAUGUUUAAAAAAAAUAAUAUAUUCAUAUAAAAUAUUGUUUGAUUA